AUUUUCCUUUUUGUUUUUCAUUUCUUAGUUGUGUUGUCAGAGAAUGUAGUGUGUAUUUUUCUUAAAACAUUUGUUUGUCCUUGCUUUAUGGCUUUGUACCUAGGGAAUUAUAAUUGUUCUGUGUGUACUUGUGAAGAGAUUAUAUUUCUCUAGUUAUGUAUCCGUUAGAUCAAACUUAAAAAUUGUGUUUCCGGUUGUCUAUAUUAAUUUUAAUUUGUUUGAUCUAGCAUGAGAGAAGUGUGUUUCAAUCUUCCACUGUUACCUUCUUACAGACUCUCUGUAGUUCUAUCAGUUUUUCUUCUAUGUAUUUUGAGACUAUUUUAUCUGAUACUUGCAAGCUAAGCAUUGUUUUCCUAGUGGGUUGACGCUUUUCUGUUAUGUUGUGGUUCUUCCUAUGCCUAAUUUCUUUUUUUGUCUUAGGGUUUGUUUUGUCUGUCCCGCCUUUUUUUGGUGGUAGUUUACAUGGAUUAACCUUUUUUCUUCAUUUUCCUGUCAGUUUUUUUAUGUCCUUAGAUUUUAGGUGUCUCUUAAGAAUGUAUUACUAGAUUUUUUUUUAAUACAGUCAGAUAGUUUAUGAUUUUUAAUUGGUAUUUUUAGAAGUUCAAGUCUCUUGGUAGUCAACUCUUUUUAAAUCUGAAAUUAGUUUUAUUUUACCCUUGUUCUUGAGAGAGAAUUUUGAUAGGUAUACAGUUCUUAGGUUGAUGCUUUGCUUUCUGUUCACGUGUAAAGAUGUUAUUCUACUUGCAAAGUCUGCUACCAGUUUUAUUUAUGGUAAUUGGAAGAAAAUAUUAUUUUUCUUCUCGCUGCAUUGAAUUUUCUGUCUUUGGGAUUACACCUUUACAUCUGAGUCUAGAUAGUGAUUACUUUUUAUUUAUCCUAUUUUGGAUACAUGUGUUUCUUGAUUCAGAAUACUCUUUCAUGAAGUCUAGAAGAUUCCGAGCCAUGUAUUCUUUAAACAUUUUCUCUUUGAUUUUAUCUACUUUCUCCUUCCCAAGAUUUAAGUGGAUGUAUGUAUGUAUGUAUGUAUGUGUUUGCAGAUCAUUUAUUUUUCAUCUUUUAUAUUUUUAACUUCCUUGUGUCUUUGGCAGAACUUAAAAUGCUGGAUAAUUUCAUCAGGCACAUGUUCUUUUUCAUCAAUUUUCUUGAUGGUGCCUAAUCAUCUCACCAAUCCAUCUGUUUUAUUUAUUUUUAACAAUUAUACUUUUAAUUUCUAUAAGGAUUACUCCAUUCUUUUUAGCUGUACCCAGUCAUUUUUUUUUAGUCUCCUGUUGCUUGCUCAUUUUUUGGAAUCUGUAGAUAUUCUGUAGACUGGCGACCCCCAUGUCUCAUGUCCUUAGGGAUCUAAAUUUAUUGCUUGUUUUUUCUGUUAUCUCCCUCAUGGUGGGUUGUCACCUCCUGUGCUUGGAGAUUUUCAGUUACGAACCCUUUCUUGAUUGCUGUUUUUCUGUGGGAAUUCUGAGAGUCUGAGUUGGGAUACUUUCCUUCUGAUAGGGCUUGUGUCAGCAUUGGCUGUGAGCUGUCUGUGGGACCCCCUUUCAGUCUCUCACUUUGCUUCUGGCCCAUGGCUCUGUGUCCCAUGUUGUUCUUGUCAUCUUGACUGUCAGGUUUAGUUUCUAGAUAGAAGUUUGUUGCUUUGGAGGGAAAAAGUGACUUUAAAUGUUCCCUAUUUCUGUGAGCUCAGUAACAUUAAAAAAAAAUUUAGCAUCCACUUUGUUUUUCAGUCAUGAAAUGCCCCGUUGGUUCAUCAUAACUGAUGGGAUCAGAAGUCCUUUACACUAGUAUUAAAUUUUUGUAGUAUGUUCAUUUUAGUUUGUAUCAGGAAAAAUAUUCUGUUCUAUCAAACGUAAGAUUUCUUAGUGAUAACAUAUUUUCUAUUAAAAGAAGUUUAUAUCUUAAGUUGAAAGUUGAGUUAUUCUAAAUCAAAAUAUUAAGUAGGUAACAGCACAGUUGGCAGGUGGAUUUGGCAAAGCUUUCUACUUUGGGGUGUGUGAAUUAAAACUUUGGAAAACAGAUAGGGAAUAAAGAUGCAUUUAUGUACAAGGUACCGUUUGGACCCAUAGUGAACCUACAUAGAGAAAUCGUCAAUGACCAAACUGUGAACAUUGCUGUCAAAAUGAUGUGAGCAGGAUGCUCAGGGCUUACAGAGAAGAGGUGUAAAAAUAAACUUGGUGGUAGUAAGAAGUUCAGGAAAUGCUUCCUGGAGUCGAGUACUAAGGUCUGGUAGGCAAUCUGGUUGCAGAUGAGGUUUGUUUAUAAAUGGCAGGCAGCUGGGUAGGACUAGCUUCUAUGUUAUGUCAUGGAGUGACUAGAGAAAUGCAGGAACAGAACCACAAAAGGUCUUCUGUGCUGUAGUAGGGAGUUUGGUCUUUAUUCUGAAGAUAAAGAGAAGCUAGAGUUAAGUAUAAAAUGUUAUGAUCAGAGUUUUAGGGGAUGCCAAGAUCGAAGGCAAGUCACCAGUUAGGAGGCUGCCUGUUCAAGUAGUUCAGAGAAGAGAUGAAGCCACAGCCAGGGCAGUGGCCCUGGGCACGAAGAGUUGUAUGUGUGCUAAUUUGGGUUUCCUAGAGGAGUUGAAAUGGCAGGACUUUGUGGUCACUUUGGUUAGGAAUAUUGAAGGAGACUGGGGAGUCUAGAUUGACCUCCAGAUUUGGGUAACCACGUGGCAUGUAGAGCAGUUUACUGGUAACAUACAGAAAGAGGAAAGAACUUGGUUUCAUUUGUUCUUGAGGAAAAGGAUGUUUGAUUUUGAACUCACUGAAUCUGAUAGGGUUGUGGGACGUCUUGGUUAAGAUCCAGUAGCGGUUGACAGGGAGAGUCUAGAAGUCUAUGAGUUGUAACCCAGCGUGGAGAGAUUUGAGAGUCUUAACUGCAUUUUUAGUCAUGGUUUGCUACAGUGGGUUAUGAGACCAUUUAAAGUACUACAUAGAUAAAAAAUUUUUUAAUAGGAAUAUAUGCUAAUAUGUCUGAAAAACAUAAGCUGUACUUCAAAGUUACGAUAUCACGGGUGUUACCACUUAGGCCAAGUGAGCCCAGUAAAAAAGAAAUACUAAGAAAAUAAAAUACAUGUGACUUGUGGAAAUGGCAAAAAUUGUGGUGACACUUUGCACACAAUGAAAGUUCAGAAAGCGCUGUUGUAAGCCAUGGGUGUGGAGAGAGUGAGCAUGGGAAGAAGAGAGAGUUGACCUUUGGGUGGCGGGGAAUGGAGAAGAAGCGCCCAUGGAGACUGAGCAGCCAGAAGAAUAGGAGGAGGACCAGGAGAAGAUGGUCUUUGGAGUCCAGAUGAAGAGUUCUGAGGAGGAGGAAGUGGUCCACAGCGUCAAGGUGGUGUACCAUGGCCGAUUUUGCCCAGGGAAGUUUUUCAGUAGCAGAUUAUGCCUUGUUAGAAGAUUGCCCUUACAUGGACGAUUGUGUCUUUGCCCCUGAGUUUAUGUCCAGUGAUUAUGUUCGUGUAACUCAGCUUUACUGUGAUGGAGUGGGUAGACAGUAUAAAGAUUAUACCCAAACUGAGGGAAACUUAGAAUUUGACAUCUGCACUAUGUGGUGUAGUAAACCUGUUUCUGUCCUGCAAGAUUACUGUGAUGCCAUUAAAGUCCACAUCUUCUGGCCACUUCUGUUUCAACGUCAGCAGAGCUCCAUAAUAACACGGAUGCACUCCUGUGUAAGGACCAGCGGUUCUCAUGCUUGUGAGAUAAGUUUGAAGAAAUUACAGCAGCUUGAGCUGAUGGAAGAUAUUGUGGAUUUGGCAAAGAAAGUUGUGAAUGAUACAUUCUUUAUCGGAGGCUUAUUGAGAAUUGGCUAUAAAAUAGAGAAUAAAAUCUUGGCAAUGGAAGAAGCUUUGAAUUGGGUGAAAUACACAGGCGAUGUAACAAUUUUAUCUAAAUUAGGAGCAGUUGACAAUUGUUGGCGUAUGUUAAGUAUUUUCUUUACUGAAUACAAGUAUCACAUAACUAAAAUUGUAACAGAAAACUGCAGUUUGCUUGAAGAAUUUAAAACUCAAAGUUGUGCGGAGUGUCUAGAGCAAGGAGAACUAAUGAAAAUGAAAGGAAAUGAAGAGUUUUCCAAAGAAAGAUAUGAUAUAGCUAUUAUCUAUUACUCCAGAGCCAUUGAAUGUAGGCCUGAAAAUCACCUGCUUUACGGUAACCGAGCUCUUUGUUUUCUUCGUACUGGACAAUUCAGAAAUGCACUUGGUGAUGGAAAGAGAGCUACCAUUCUGAAGAACAAUUGGACAAAGGGUCAUUAUCGUUAUUGUGCUGCUCUUUCUAUGCUGGGGGAAUAUGACUGGGCCCUGCAAGCAAACAUAAAAGCUCAAAAACUCUGUAAAAAUGACCCUGAGGGAAUCAAGGAUCUAAUUCAGCAGCAUGUAAAGUUACAAAAACAGAUAGAAGACCUGCAAGGUCGAACACCAGCUAGUAAUCCAGUCAAAGCCUUCUGUGAAAGCAGGGCCUACAUACCUAGUUUAUCAGCACCUGCAUUUAGUACUUCACUUAACUUUGUGGAAACUGAAAAAAAUUUCAGAAAAACUAACCACGAAAUGGCAAACGGUGGUAAUCAGAAUCCAAAGGUGGUAGAUGAAGCUCUGAAAGUAGAUGAUUGUGACUGUCAUCCUGAAUUUGUACCACCAUCAAGUCAGCCUCCAAAAUAUAAAGGGAAACAAAAAGCUCGAAACAAUGAAUUAGAGAAGUUCAGCCCUGGUUCACAAGAAACUUUACCAGUAGAUUUGAAAAACAUCUUGGAGAAACAGUUUUCUAAAUCUUCCAGAGCUGCACACCAGGAUUUUGCUAAUAUAAUGAAAAUGCUGAGAAGCUUAAUCCAGGAUGGCUACACGGCCUUGCUGGAGCAGCGCUGCCGCAGUGCUGCCCAGGCCUUCACAGAGUUGCUCAACGGUUUAGAUCCUCAAAAAAUAAAGCAAUUGAAUCUGGCCAUGAUUAACUACGUGUUAGUAGUCUACGGACUUGCCAUUUCACUCCUUGGAAUAGGACAGCCUGAGGAGUUAUCUGAAGCUGAAAACCAAUUUAAGAGGAUGAUUGAACACUACCCCAAUGAGGGACUUGAUUGCUUGGCCUACUGUGGAAUUGGAAAAGUAUAUUUGAAAAAAAACAGAUUUUUAGAAGCUCUUAAUCAUUUUGAGAAAGCAAGAACCUUGAUCUGUCGUCUUCCUGGAGUGUUAACUUGGCCCACGAGUAAUGUGAUUAUUGAGGAGACUCAGCCAGGGAAGAUAAAGAUGCUGUUAGAAAAAUUCGUUGAAGAAUGCAGGUUCCCUCCAGUGCCGGAUGCCACUUGUUGCUAUCAGAAGUGCCAUGGAUAUUCCAAAAUUCAGAUAUAUAUAACCGAUCCAGACUUCAAGGGUUUUAUACGAAUCAGCUGUUGCCAGUAUUGUAAAAUAGAAUUUCACAUGAACUGCUGGAAGAAGUUAAAAACAACAACCUUCAAUGAUAAAAUUGACAAGGAUUUUCUGCAAGGAAUUUGUCUUACUCCUGAUUGUAAAGGAAUCAUUUCAAAGAUUAUCAUCUUCAGCAGUGGUGGUCAAGUUAAAUGUGAAUUUGAACACAAGGUCAUUAAAGAAAAGCUUCCUCCAAGACCUAUUCUGAAACAGAAAUGUUCUAGCCUAGAGAAGUUGAGGCUGAAAGAAGACAAAAAAUUGAAACGAAAGCUCCAAAAAAAGGAAGCAAAAAAAUUAGCACAAGAAAGACUGGAAGAGGACCUAAGGGAAAGUAACCCACCAAAAACUGAAGAGCAGAGAGAAACUAUCAACCGUGUCCAAAGUUGCCAGUUCCUUGAUGACAGAAUUCUGCAGUGCAUAAAGCAGUACGCUGACAAGAUUAAGUCCGGGAUACUGAAUACUUCCAAGCUUCUCAAAGAAUUGCUUUCUUGGAAGGUUUUAACCACAGAAGACUACACAACGUGUUUUUCUAGCAGAAAUUUCCUGAAUGAAGCAGUGGACUAUGUUAUUCGUCAUUUGAUCCAGGAAAAGAACAGAGUAAAGACAAGGGUAUUUCUGCAUGUUUUGAGUGAGCUUAAAGAAGUGGAGCCAAAACUAGCCACCUGGAUCCAGAAACUUAAUAGCUUUGGCUUAGAUGCCACAGGACCUUUCUUUUCUCGUUAUGGGGCUCCUCUUAAGGAGCUUGAUUUUAGCAUCAUGACUUUUCUCUGGAAUGAGAAAUAUGGUCAUAAGCUAGGCUCUAUAGAAGGAAAGCAACUUGAUUAUUUCUAUGAGCCUACGUCACUGAAGGAAGCGCGGUGUUUAAUAUGGCUGCUGGAAGAACACAGAGACAAGUUCCCAGCACUGCAUAAUGCCCUGGACGAGUUCUUUGAUAUAAUGGACAGCCGCUGCACUGUGUUAAGGAAACAGGACAGUGGUGACGUGCCAUUUAAUUUUACCAAGAUAAAAAACAAAGGCAAGAAAAAGAAGCCAAAAGAUUCAAAGCCUAUGUUAGUUGGAUCUGGAACGCCUUCAGUCACACCAAACAAUGAGACUUUCACUUCAGGUGAAGACCAUAUCAAACGCAGUUUAAAUUCUGCGGGCCCCUUUGUAGUGCCUGAUCACCUUCGGCAGGAUGUAGAAGAAUUUGAAGCUCUGUAUGAACAGCAUAGUAAUGAGUAUGUUGUCCGUAAUAAGAAGCUGUGGGACAUAAACCCAAAACAAAAAUGUUCAACUCUAUAUGAUUAUUUCUCUCAGUUGUUGGAGGAACAUGGUCCCUUGGACAUGAGUAACAAGAUGUUUUCUGAAGAAUAUGAGUUCUUCCCAGAAGAAACGCGACAGAUACUAGAAAAAGCAGGAGGUUUGAAAGCGUUUCUCCUGGGAUGUCCUCGUUUUGUUGUGAUUGACAACUGUAUUGCAUUGAAGAAAGUUGCAUUACGGCUCAAGAAAAAGAGAAAGAAGAAAAACAUUAAGACAAAAGUAGAAGAAAUUUCAAAAACAGGAGAGUAUUUACGAGUUAAACUACCACUGAAUCCAGCUGCUAGGGAAUUUAAACCAGAUGUAAAGUCCAAACCAGUGUCUGACUUACCUUUAGCACCAGCUUCUGAGGACAUGAAGCCUCAGCAUGCAUCUGCUAAUUCUCCCCAAUCAGCUCGUGACACUGGGAAGCCAAAACCAGUUUCCGAUAAUUCUUCCAGAUCAGUUUCUGAGGAUGAGAAGCCCAAAGGGAUAUCUUCUGAUUCUCCCAGGCCAGUCCUUGAGGAGACCAUUCAUAAGCCAGUCUCCUCUAAUUCUCCCAAACCAGUUCCCGAGGAAGUGAAAGCGACCUAUUGGCCUCGACCCCAGUUGGUCACAGGAUACUGUACAUAUCUUCCCUUUCGAGGAUUUGACAUUACCCAGACACCACCAGCCUUCAUCAGUGUGUUACCGCCUUUGCCCCAGUAUAGCAUUUACACCCCCCUGGCCAGCAUUCCUACUGAGUAUCACCUGCAAAGACCAAUACCAGUGGUGCCGUCUUUUGUAGCCAGUGACAUAACGGAAGUGCAUUUUGAGGCUCAUCAUUUCAGUGCUGAGAAUGCCCCUGGUAACCAGAUUGCCUCCGAAACACAGAUCCUUGAGGAAUCUUUGGAAACACCAGUGAAGUCAGAGUGCAGCUCUGAUGGUGCUGAUACAGCCCAGAGUGAGACUAGUGGAAACGAGGACUGCUGUGGAAAUUCUGCCAAGUGGGAAGUAAAUCCAGAAAGCACCAAUAAAGUAACAAAUAUUCCAUGUACACAAGUGGUUGCUGUACAGGUGUCUUGGAAUAUAACACAUCGGGAAGUCAAUACUGAGCCAUAUGGUCCUUUUGAGGCACAACAGGGAGGUAUUUCACAGGUUGAAAAGGAGUACCAGGUUUUACAAGAGCAGCUUAAGGAAGCAUGUGAAAAUUAUGAACACAGCAAUGUCAGGGGGUCAGAAGAAACCAAGGACUUGGAAGAAAAGUUGAAAAGGAACGUUGAAGAAAAUAAGAUCUCAAAGACAGAACUAGAUUGGUUCCUUGAAGAUUUGAACAAGGAAAUUAAAAAAUGGGAACAGGAGAAAAAAGAAAUCCAAGAAAGACUAAAGGCACUGAAGAAGAAAAUGAAAAAGGUGUUGAAUGCCAGCAGAAUGUAUACACAGGAAAACGAUGGAAAGGAAAAGGCACUUGAAUUACUUCUGGAUCAGUCCCUUGAAAUCAGUAAUACAUUUACAAAUGAGAAAAUGAAAAUAGAAGAGAGUAUAAAGAAAGGGAAAGAGCAUUAUGAAGAGAGUCUUCAGAGGGCUCUGGAUGCAGAGGUAUCUGUGCUUGAAAACUGGAAGGAUGUGGAGGUAUGUAAGUUACGGAGCAUGGAGUCGCAAGCCGAAGGGCUUCUGAAGAACUUGAAGCUAAUGAGCAGUGAUUCGGCCGCAUAUUCUGACAUGGACUCAGACAUACAUUCAUGGGAAUCGUUUCUUUCUGAUGUUAGAGAAGAAAUUGAGAAAGCAAAGUCUCAGUUUGAAGAACAAAUUCAGGCAAUUAAAAAUGGUUCUCGGCUCAGUGAACUUCCUAAAGUGCAGAUUUCUGAGCUUUCGUUUCCUACCUGUAACACAAUUCAUCCUAAAUUACUUCCUGAGUCUUCAGGCCAGGAUGGUCAAUGUCCCUCCACUUCUGCAAGUCAUGGGACCGGAGACCAGACAGCAGCUCCCGAGGAGUCAAGUCUGGGUUCUGCCGCUGACAGCCCAGUGGAGUCGCCCUCCUGCAGCCAGAAAGCCCCCCAGCUGCCAGAGCGUGAGAGCACUGGCCAGGCAGCUGGGCCAGAACUAGGCCUGGUGGCUGAUCAGAAGUUACCUGUUGCUCCAGAGCGUGCCAUUCGUCCAAGCCAGUCUCCAAAGAAGCCGUUCAAUAGCAUUAUUGAGCACCUGUCGGUGGUGUUCCCUUGUUACAGCAGCAUGGAGCUUGCUGGUUUUAUUAAAAAAGUUAGAAACAAAAACAAGACCUCUCUGUCUGGAUUGAGUGUUAACGAAAUUGUGCAAAGAGUGACACAACACAUCCUUGAUGAAGAGAGAAAGAAAAAGCCAAAUCCAGGAAAGGACCGGAGGCCGUCUGCACCCAGCUCUGCUGUUCCUGCACCCAGGGCCGCCCAGGACCUGCCCUCCGUGCCUGUCGGAGCAUCACCCGAAACCAGGGGGCCGAAGACCGAGGACGUCCCUGUGUCCUGUGCCAAUUCCUGUGAAAUGUGCCAAGAAGCAUUCAAGUCCAAACACGCGCGUGAGCUGCAGUGUGGGCACAGGCUUCACAAAGGGUGCUUCAAGCAGUGGCUGAAGAGCCAGCGCACCUGCCCAGCCUGCCUGGGUCACGACCUCCUGUCAGAGGAGUAGUAGCUGCCCUGCUGGAGGAGGCCCGCCUGCUAUUCUCGGCAGCUACAGCCUGCGCUGGAGAUACGCUGCUUGUUGAGUUGGAAGACUAGCAGUGUACUCCCUUUGGUAUCAAAAGCAGACACCUGAAGCUUCUUUGCACUCUGUGUCGCAGUGCUAAUAAAUGGAACUCUUUAAUACAGCUGAGAGUAAGUAAUUUCCCAACUCUGACUAGAUAUACAGUAAUAGCCAAGUGGUGGCUGAUAAAAUCACGUGUAACCCCUUCCUUCUGUAGUUGGGGCUGCUGCAGAGGUGCGCUCUGAGAUGGAAGGAAAUGACAGUGAGUGCCUCAAAGCAGGACUCGAUUAUCAGCAUCCUUGGCCUGCUAAAGUGCCCCACGGGAGAAGGUUUUUGAGAUUGGUAUUUCUGAACUUAUGCCUACAUUUUUCCUCAAAGAUUCUGUGUUUUAAAAAAUGAGCUUAAGCAGACCACCUUUUAAUAGGUUGUAAUGUUAAUAUUGGCUGAUUUCAGACCAGAAGAUUCAAGUCUCCUAUUCAUGUGAUUUUUCAUUUCAUUAUUUUUUCUUCCCAGUAGAUGUGUAAGUGCUUGUUUUCCAUCUUUCAAAGACACAAUGAUUUUUGAAAAUCAGUUACAAAACCCUUACUAACAUCAGCCACGACUUCUUAACCCCUGAAGUCGAGGCUCCCUCGUCAUCAUCCCACCCCCGGGUCUGGAGCGGACUGGUUUUGAAUACCUUACUGUUCCCGUUAGUGACCUCUGUCCCCCUCUCUGAGUUAGACAACAAGCUUUUGGGUAUCUGUCUGGCACACAGCAGCAGCUGAGGGAAACAGUCACCAUCAUUCCCUUUCCUUACCCUAGCACCAAAAAGAGACGCUUGUAUAAUUAGACAGUCCUGAGAUGUUGCUGUUACAGCCAUUCGUGUUUGACAUUUGUGUAGAGUAAUGCAUGCACGCGUGUACUGUAGCCUGAGAACAAAACCGCAGCUGCAUUAAACAAACUGCUUAUCUUCAGUGACUUAUAGAUGGUAGUAGACAUAGAACCAUGAAUUCCGGGCACAUUCCAUCUCUCUCAAACCGGAAGGACCAAAAAGUGUUUUCCCACGCGUUCUCUGUUUCCCUCAGAAGCUUAGAGUCCCAGGUUCACGUGCUGACGCAGUUGCCUCUGUCUGCUUUGCUUCUCCCUCAGUUUUGACGUCUUAGUGACUUAGUGCAUAGACGCUUAUUCCAUAUUUUGAAGCAGGUCCCUAAAUCAUUGUCUGCAUGUUCAGAAUAACUGAGGACUUGCAGAUAUGAAGGUACACAGGGACCCGUGUGUAGCAGCAGGCGCAGCAGGAAAGGAGAACAGCUAGGGUGAGAGGAUGUGUUCGUGCAUAACCUCAAACUGUUACUUGUGAACAUGCCUUACACGUGUCCUGUGUUGAAAUAAAGAGCAUUCUAAAAUAA